CCCCCCACUGUGGGGCUAUAUAAAGUGUCUAACCCCUGCAGGGAGUCACCGUCCGCUCCACAUUAUCCUGCACUACAGGUCUUCCCCAGUCUGCAACCAUGAAGUUCUCCAUCAUCGCCGCCUUUGUUGUAUUUGCACUGGCUCAAGGUAGCCUUGCACAGGAUGCUACAGGCGAGCUCCAGAGGAUCAGCCAGUAUUUUGAGGAGAUGAAGAACAAAAUGACACAGCAGCUGACCGACUUCGUGCGCACCCACGACCUGAACAGCCAGGCUCAGACCUUCCUGGAGGAGCAGAAGGCCCAGUUCGAGCCCCUGGUCGCCAAGAUCCAGGAGCAGCUGCAGUCGAUCGCCACCAGCGUUGAGGGGCAGGUCCAGCCCAUGGCCGCCAACGUGCAGGCCCAGAUCGAGCCCAUGGUGCAGAGGUUCCAGGAGCAGAUGGAGGCCAUCGUCAAGCAGCUGACCGAGCAGGCCAAGGCCAUCACCAACUAAGCAGCUCUCGCCGUCGUCUUUUCCUCCAACACGGACUGAGUUUUUUUGUGUUUGGACUUUGCCUGUUUGACAUCUGGCUGAGAACAACUGGCCGAAAAUGUGUUUCAUCUUUGCGCCAUUAAAAAAGUAGAAACA